CGGUCCUUCAGCAGGGAACCGGCGCUCUACAUGCUGCAUACAAAAGCCGGUCUGCAGACACAAGAGCCGUGCUGGGCAAAGAAUGCUCAAAGUGGUCCCUGUUCUCUGAAAUUGUAGCGAGCAGCCAGAUUGCAGUUGGCAUCAACAAGAUAGAAGAAACAUGGGGGCUUACAAAGAGCACAUGGAGACCGUCUUAACGCAGCGGCAGAAGGCGGCGGAUAGCUCCGGGCCGACGCCCAAUGGCCUGGCCGCCGACAGGAAAGUCGUCGGCGUCGCAGGGAAGUGGUACGACGUGACCACGUUCAUCGACCGCCACCCCGGCGGCGACAUCCUGAAAUAUUUCCUGAACAAGGACGCCACGGACAUCUUCCGCAGCACGCACCCCGUCAGCGGGGUCUCCGAGAAGUACCUGAAGGCGCUGAAGGUUGUGGGCACGUACAAGUACGACUUCUCCGCCGACCCGUUCAACCAGGACAUGCGGGGCCUGUACGAGCGGCUACUGAAGGAGGGGUACUACAAGACCAACCUGUUCUGGUACGCCCGGAAGGCGGCGGUGUGCGCGCUCAUCUUCGCCGCCGUGGUGUGGCUGGUGGUGGGGUUCCAGCAGACCUGGGUCCACUGUCUGGCCGGGGUGCUGCUCGCCAUGUUCUGGCAGCAGAUCGGCUUCAUGAUGCACGACCUCAUGCACCACCAGAUCUUUGAAACUCAAAAGGUGACCAACCUUGUGGGCACGUUUGUUGGAUCCGUCUGUUUCGGCGUGAGUGCUAACUGGUGGCGCGACGAACACUGGGUCCACCACAUGCUGACCAACACGAUAUGCUACAAGACCGACUUCCAGGACCCGCAGGUGUUUGAGCCCACCUGGGCCCAGAAUGCCAUGCUGUUUCCACUAAUGAAGACCAAAUUUCAGGCCUUCCUGAUUCAGAUUCAGCACAUCAUCUUCAUCCCAGCCUGCAUGAUCGGGGGGCGGAUUGAUGCCAUCAUCGGCAGCUACAAGGACGAGAAGGAGUUUCGUCAGUUCAUUGCGUUUGGCCUCCACUGGAUGUGGAUGUGUGCACUUCUGUCCCUCCUACCAACUUGGCAGGAGCGGGCGAUGUUCUACACCAUUGCUGCCUUUGGGGAAGGCCUUCUGCACAUCCAGAUCCUCAUCAACCACUACGCCAAGGACAUCUACCUGAAGGAUGAGCUGCAUCAGAUGGAGUUCUACAGAUACCAGACGGAGCAGAACAUCAACAUCUCCAACCCCUGGUGGAUGGACUGGUUCCACGGCGGCCUCAACUUCCACAUCGAGCACCACUGCUUCCCACGGGUUCCUCGCCACAACCUGCGCGAGGUUGCUGACAUGAUUCAGGAGAUAUGCCGUAAGCACAGCGUCCCCUACGACUCCAGUCCGUUCACCACCGUUAUCUGGCGUACGCUGAACACCCUGUACAACAUGAAGUUCCUCUUCAAGAUCGAUCCUCGCUAGAUGGUCUGCCGCAGCCCAGAACAAAAGCCUCAAGGCUCAAGCUACUGCUUACAGCUUACAAUGCUUCACGUAUGUACAAAAACAACACUGCCACAAGUGGGCAUCUGGUAGCUUCAUGUUGGGAGUUUUUUGUUCUGUAAGAAGCAACAUAUUUCUGUAGUGUAAUCCUACAGUAGACAGUGGUAUUUGUUUAAUCUAAAUGAGAAGGCACAUGUAUUGUUGAAUACAAUUGUACUUGAAUUGUAAAAUGAUGAGAUGUACAUGUAUAAACAUGCAAGUAGGUCAAACAAGUGUAUUUAAUAUCUAUCAAUUGAGAGGUUCUUUUGUAGUUUGAAUAUAUAUUGCAUGACUGACAUUGUGCUGCAGAGAAUUUCAAGAUACCACAUAUAAUUCUGAACCAUACAAGUCUUAAUACCAUAUUAUGUUGUCACUACCUUGUGAAAACCAGGGACCAUUCAGCCAAUUAUAACUGUUACCGGUAAAUAAAUAACCUAUCAAUGAUACAAAUUUAUGCAAUAGAAAUAGUUGUUUUGGUACCCAUUCUUUUAGUAGAAACAUUUAUUAGUGACACAACUGUCUAAGGAUCCAGUUUCUUUUCAAUUUUUAUGAUUCUUAUUACAUUAUAGUUGAAUACUAACUUUAACUUUAAUUUAUCUCUCAGGUAGUAUAGAGAGGAAAGCAUCUUUCAUUGUGCAUUAUCAUGAUCUGGCUGUUUGCAAUGGUUAGGCCACACUGAUUUAAUUUUAUGGAUGACAUCUGAGCGCGCAUUGAUUUUUGGCUGUCCUCCUUU